UCAACCAUGGCAGGACAAAUCACACGUGUCACUCUCUUCAAGAUCCCCAAGGAAGAAGACCAGCAACGGCUGCUGGAUCUCUACAAAGAGAUGCCGCAAAAGGCAACGAAGAACGGAAAGCCAUACAUCGUCUCAGUCAAGGCUGGAAAGGCAGCGCCUGAUCAACGCGCCCAGGACUUCACCGUCGUUGCCCUGUCCACCUUUAGCUCUAUAGACGACUUCAACUACUACGACACGGAGUGCGCUGCUCAUGGAGACCUGAAGCAGUUCGCCAAGACGGUCAAUCAAGGAGUUGCCAUGGUGUUCUUUGAGAAUGUGGUCGUGUAG